AGGAUGCUGGUGUACCGGGGCUCACCUUGGACCGCAUUCCUCCCCUCCCCAUGCCUUAUUGGUGCAAAUGACUCAUUGAGCAUCUCAAAGGUAGGCUGGGCUUAUAAACCCCUCAGUCUCUACCCUCUCCAAGCAAGCUUUGGGGCGACUUCAACACGGCCCACACUACGAGACACACAAAAUCAUUUAUAAACAAACACACAGGCAAACAUACACACAUGCACACACACACCCCUUCCACUUCUCAUAGUCUGAGCAACGCAGGAUCAGAAGGACUAGUCUCUCUCUCCGCCAUGAAGUCCAGUUUUUCUCUGCUCUUCUGUUUCCUGUUAAUUUCCACUGGAUCGUCUGCGGUCAUAACUGGGGCGUGUGAGAUGGACUCUCAGUGUGGCGGGGCCAUGUGCUGCGCAGUUAGCCUGUGGAUCAGGAGCCUGCGGAUGUGCAGCCCAAUGGGACUGGAGGGAGAGGACUGCCACCCAAUGAGUCACAAAGUACCAUUCUUAGGCAGAAGGAUUCAUCACACAUGCCCCUGCCUGCCAAACCUGGCAUGCAUGAGAACAACAGAAGGCAAAUUCAAAUGCUUGCCACCUUACAAGAACCAAGACUAUUAUUUCUGAGAGUGAAGAGAUCCAAAGUAUUUAUGUGUACAGUAACAGUGUAUUGCACAUUAAAAUACCUAUUUCCAUUAUUUUUAUCAAAAAGAAAAUAGUUGUCUUUGUUGUCUAGCAUCUAUUUGUGUUUUUCAAAAAUUGCCUGAGGUGCUGAGAAUUGAUCACAAUACUCUAAAUGUGGUAAAAGAAAUAUAUUAUAUGACAUCACUUCUCCUGAUCUGUAUU